AUGUCCGGAGCAGCGCAGGGCGGCAUAGACACCAAGAAGGCCAUCGUCAGCGAUGCCGACAACAGUGGCACCAACAAGGACCACCAGAAGCCCGCCACUGCGUUAGAGGAGGAUGACGAGUUUGAGGACUUCCCCGUUGAAGACUGGGAACAAGAGGAUACCGAGCUGCCCGCCGCAAACACGCACCUGUGGGAGGAGAGCUGGGACGACGAUGACACGAGCGAGGACUUCUCUGCGCAGCUGAAGGAAGAGCUGAAGAAGGUCGAGUCGAAGCGUGGUUGA